AUGGUUGCAUCUGGUGAAAACAAGAUCGUCCUGGUCACAGAAGAAGAGUUCACAUGUGAGAGGUUCCCUGGCUUUGCGAAAGAAAAUGAUUGGAUUGAAGAAGGAGAUGAGGAGGACGUGAAAAAGAUUCUUGGAUCUUGGCUUACUGGAAUUUUUGGAUACCCAGCGUCUGGGAAAUCGAGGAAGGUGGACAGAUUGAUUAAACGAGUCGUGGAGCUUCGGGGUGGAGUCAUUCUUUUCCUCUGCGGAAGCGAAAUCUUCAAUGAACUUAUCCGACGGCGCUGGGAAUCUCAGGCGACUGUAGAAAUCGUGCCCUUUCACGAAGUCGUGAUGGGAAUCGAGUCGCUCCACGACAUCGUCGAAAGUAUCAUUGUCAGUUUGAGAGGGUAUCUCAUGAGGAUUCAGAAGGAGGAUCUGGUGGGUCCAGUCGUCGCAGUAGUCGAGGAUUGUUCAUUGGGGAAGUGGAAGUUUGCAGACAUUGAUACCGUCGUGAAAACCUUGAAAGCGAAUAACCUGAAGUUGAUCAUUUCCUUCAAAUCCCAUUCGGUUCAUGCCCAUGGAAUCUCAGUGGAAGGAGUAAUAAAUUCCCUGGAAAAAAACGAGGACUCCACUGCCAUCGUAAUCCGUUCUCAUCCAACUGAUUACCAUAUUCUGCGGCGCAUCAUUCAAAGAGAGAAUUCAUGGUUCUCAGAAGUAAAGAAUUUCUGCAAAUCUUCAGAAGCUGUCGUUGGCCCACCGGUGUUAUACCUCAACUAUACCUGUUCAGGAACACAUUGUGGAUGUAUUUGCUUUGGAAAGGAAAGAUGUGGUAAUAGUUCUCUUGUUCAGAAAUCCCUUGUUCAGUCUAUCCUGGCAAAGAUGACAGAGGAAGAUAAGCCUCAAGUACUUGUGAUGGAUGACAGCUUGGUGCGUGAGUUGCGGGAAAGUGUCCGCGAUAUCCGGCAGAACAUUCAAAUAUCACACUAUAAAGAUUUCGGCGGUUUUGAAGCCUCGGUCGUCAUCUCCAUCAACGGAAAUCUAAGGGAUACCCAUGAUGUCAUCUCUCGCUGCAGGACUCGUCUCAUCAUCAUCGACAACCUACUCGCUAACGAAUCCAUCUGGAAGGCUCUGACCGAAGCCGAACUUAUCCAGACCAUGGAUGUUUCCUUCCCAAUGGACAUUCAAGACAACUCGGAUACCCACAUGAAACUAAAACAGUUCCUAGACUUCGUAAGCUGGAACGAGGGAGGAAAGAGAAUUGGGAAGGAAAUGCUGAGAAGAGGCCUCAUGGAUGAGGACACAGGUGCCUUUCUCAACCUGCCACCUAAGUUAUGGAAGGCCCUGAACGAAUACGAGCCCUUUCCAGCGUCCUUCCCAUUCACCGAUUGGGGAUUUUGCUCAGAGAGGUCUUUUUCGGAAUUGAAGGGGUUGAAGAAUUGGAUAAAGACGACGACGACGACACAACAGCGCCUGACAAAUGUCGCAUUGAUGGAUGCACAUCAAGACGUUUUGGACUCCUUAGAAUCAGAUUAA